UUUUCGUAUAAAACAAGAAAGUUACAUAUUAAAUUUAGUAUUUAAACAAGAAUUGAAUUUUAGUAUUAAAUCAACGUAUACAACUAAUUAUUUUGAUUUUGCUCAACGUGGAAAGGCCACAUCGGCCUUGAGUCCAUGGCCGUAAAAUAAAUUAAAAAAAACCCUUUACGGUCUACAUUUAGCGUAAUUUAGUUAUAAAUAGUUACCUACGUUUUCGGCCUUCUGUGGUUACGUUUACGUAUUUCUUACGCAUACGUAUUACUUUUUGCGUUUUCCGAUUUCAAUUUAAUUUGUUUAAAAUUGCUACUGGUUGAUUAAGUCUCAUUAUCAGUAUAUCAACGUUAUUUGUUAACAUAUUAUCAGUGAUACUGUAUUAGCACAUUCAACUAACUUACGGGAUACAAAUCGGUCUUCCACAUAAAAUAACUGUGACUUGUCAUAAUAAUCGUUAGGUUCCUAAUGAUGGCUGGGUCGGCACUGAGGAGGCUGAUGGCCGAAUAUAAACAACUAACACUUAACCCACCAGAAGGGAUUAUAGCAGGGCCAGUUAAUGAAGAAAACUUUUUUGAGUGGGAGGCUCUCAUAGCAGGUCCAGAAGGCACGUGUUUCGAAGGUGGCUUAUUUCCAGCCAAGCUCCUGUUCCCACCAGACUACCCCCUGAGUCCACCGAAGAUGCAGUUUAUUUGCGAGAUGUUUCACCCCAAUAUAUAUGCAGAUGGGAGAGUUUGCAUCUCUAUUCUUCACGCACCGGGCGAUGACCCCACGGGCUACGAGUGUAGUGCAGAACGGUGGUCUCCGGUACAGAGUGUCGAGAAGAUCCUGCUCUCUGUCAUCAGUAUGCUGGCAGAACCGAAUGACGAGAGCGGAGCGAAUGUGGAUGCAGCGAAAUUGUGGCGCGAAGAUCGCAAACAGUUCAACAAGACGGCUGAACGAUUGGUUCGGAAGACCCUUGGCUUACCACCGCCUUGAUAGUAUACGCACACUGAAAUCCAUUUCCUCUUAGCACCCUACAAACCCUUAUACAUUUUUUUAUUUUAACUUCGAUCAAUAAUAAUACUAGAUGAAAAAUCAGGAACAGAUACGUCGGUCAAGUAGCUAAACACACAACACUCUAAUAUUUUAAGAUACUUAUGCCUGUUUUCACUAAAGACAAACAAGGUAACGCCUAAGUACAUAACGCCUAAUCAAAGUAGAUUAUUAGCAUAUAUACAUUUAACUUUCACAAAAAACACAUAUAACCUGACUUGUCUAUGAUUCUUGCCACAAGGUGUGGUAUUUUGUGUUUGUAUUUUCGAUUUUUUUUUCAUCAGUCAAGUGUCAGUUUUCGCCAACGCCAACCCUUAGAUGAUGACUAACGCUCAACGUCGUUAGUCAUCAUCUAAGGGUUGGUGUAACGUUUCGUUCUCUACGCAUCACCCAAAUCAUUAGACGUCGGAUUUAAGCGUUUCCUAGGUUUAGUGAAAACGGGCAUUAUUGUGUAUAUUAAUAGUAUAAGGAAUUCUAAUCUUUAUCCUUCACCAAGUACAAUAACUUUCUUUGCGUUCGAGCGUGCUGCGUUAGCCAAUCGUGCGUGAAUACUGUGAGCUGGACGUGCGAUCUAUUUAAGAAGCCCGAAAACUAGUCUGCCAGUAGCCAAGAUUUAAUGUCAUCAUCAUCGUAUUACCGACCCACUACAGGGCGCGAAUCUCCUCCCAAAAUGAGAAGGACUUAAAGCCGUAGUCCACCUGGCUCACUCCGAAUUGGUGGAAUCCUUACCUUGAGAACAUAAUGAAGUACUCUCAGACAUACAGGUUUCCUCGCGAUGUCUUCCUUCACCGUUGAAGGAAGUGCUAUUUUAAUUGCUUAAAACGCACAUAACUCAGAAAAGAUACAGGUGCGUGCUGCGUUUCGAACUUGGCCCCCGAAAGUGAAGUCGAAGUCCUACCCUUUAUGUACGACAAGGAAAUUAAAUUACUAGAAAAAGAAAAAGAUAAUUAAUUAAUAAAGCAAUUAUAUUGUUAUGUUUUAUAUAUAAUUAUAUUAUAAUGUUAUUAUACCUACCUUUUUUGGUGAUUAUAUUGCAUGGAAUAGUUAGGUAAUGAUGUCGGAUGGAGAAUUUUCCAAAUUUUUUUCUGGUUACGAUAAAAAAAACAUAAAAAUCCAAAUAAAUAAAAAUUUCAAAAGACUCUUUGGGUCGUAAAUAGCUUAGAUCAUUAUAAAAAAAAUCAAAUAAAUAAAGAAAUUAAGGCCACACAUCCAAGUCUUCCGUAAUAAUAAAAUGUAUCCUUUUUCAUUGCUAACUGUUAAGCGCUGCAUAUGGUAAACAUAGGCUGUAAAGGUGCAAUAUAGCAAGUUUUUAAUAUUUUUCCUAGACAGGCUUAAACUUAGCAAAAAAAAGGAAAACGUUUUAUUAAAAGUGCCACUUCAGUUUCCAAUUGAUUCGAAGCAAUGUGCGACUGAAAAUAAAUUGGCACUGACCCAUAAAUCUCACCCAGAGAUUACCGACGCAAUAAUUACUGCUUUAAUAAUAAUACAAAUUAUAUUCUUUAUUUACAAUACAAUAAUAUUCAUUGCAUUAGUUUUAUAGGCAGGUAAUGUAAGUAGUGUCAGUAAAAAUGGCGACUUAUUAAUGGCGGCAUAUUAUGUUUAUAUGUUAUUGGGCAUACCUUCCAUUUACAGAGCACUGAUGAUACAUGCAUGCCCAAGAAGUGCUGCGUAAAUGGAUUUUCUUGCUUUUCUUAAAGCGUAUUCAGAAAACCGAUGGAGCUUCCGUGCAUUCUGCUCAUCCUGAUGCUGCCGUUUUUUUUAAAUAUUAUAGAAAUCAUCGGUUCGAGCUUUAGCAAGCAUCAGAGACGCAAUACAGAAUCGCGGCAACACCAUUGACACUCUUUGUCUAUUAUUACAAUGGACGCGCAGGUCGUUGUAGGCGUUUAUUCACAGGCUACACAUGUAAAAAGUUUGACAAUAAGCCUCAAAAAGUUUGAGUUUUACCUCUUUACUGCAACGUGCGAACCUGCGAGCUGACAUAUUGAAUCGGACUGCCAACGCCCUACGCUCCUCGUUUUCCCUCUCAUCUGACAAGUCCUCUGUUAUAGUUUAAUUAAGUUUGACAGCAUAUCUUUAUGCCAGUUUCUUAUGUCUUAUUAAUUGACCGAUUUGUGUUGUGGUUUUUGCAUGUCAUUUACAUAUCAUUGUUGAUGGUCCUUUUUAAUAUUUUAUGUAGUUUAUUUUCGUACAGGUUUUAUUAAGAAAAAAAAAAUUACUUGUUGCGUUUAUCGAAAAGCAACAUGGCGGACAUUAUAGCUACCAAAAUCGAAGCUAGUCUACACAUUCUUAUAAAUGUUAGUAAAUUAUGACUUUUGAUUUAUUUUAAUGGGACUGUUGGGACAAUACAAAAUAAAUAUGGUGGCGGUAUAAAACAAUAACAAAAAAUUCUGACGCCCUAAAAAUGUUGAAUUAUUAUUAAAACAUUUAAUGAAAUCAUAAGCAAUAAAUAGAGUAGCAGGUUAGUGCGUAGUGAACGAGGUCCCUAAUGACAAAGAUAAAGCAGCGUAGCAGCGCAACCUCUGCAGUUGCGUAGAAUUUUACGACCAAUCACAAAACGCCUAAGUUUGAGCAACGCUCCCAUGAUUGGCCGCAGCUAAGACGCAGUACUAGACGCAACCGCAGACGUAGGUUAGACUCCUUAGAGUGGCCUUAACUUAAUAUUCUCCGUCGUAAUUAUCUCAAACCUGGUACGUCGCCGCUGGAUUUAGUUCUCUCGAAGGGAUUUAAAUACUAGAAGAUACCUUGUUCUGCAAUAACCUUACACAAAGAGGACAAUGAUAAAAUGAUCCAUUUAAAUAAAAUUCAGUAUACAUAAAUAUUAUUAUAAUAGAUAUUUGAUACGUACAUAAUAUUCAUAUUGAAAAAUAGAAUUGAUAGGGAUGUAAAUCUUUGUUGCGUCAACAGCUUUACACGCGUAUCUGAAGGUGUUCAUACGUUAGUUAGUUAAAAAAAUAUAUUUAUUAGUCAAAAAUUUAUGUGUGAGGCCCUUUGUUUUUUACUAUGUUAUUAUGUAUUAAAUAGGUAUAUUUUCUAUGAAUAAAGGAGAUUGCUAUCAU